AUGGACUCAUCCUACUAUCAUCAUGGGCCAAUCUCCGGAGGCUUAGUUAGCAACGGCGGUACACAGAAUUUCCAUGAUAGAGUAUUCUUUGGUCCAGGUGAAGUUGUCGAGGACGAGUACACGAUCUCGCGACUCUUUUGCAGAAUCGAUUACGACGCUUUCCAAGAGAAAGUGAAGGAUCCCCAUACUGGCACGUGUAAAUGGUUCACGGAACGUAAGGCCUAUGGCGCCGCCUCAACGACUGUGCCAUCGUUGCUGUGCCUUAUAGGCAGUCCUGGAGCAGGCAAGACAGUCCUGGCAAAACACCUCGUCACCACUUCCAAUAGCAAAACAAUAUACUUCUUCUGCGAUGGAAAGAAUCGAGAGUAUAACACGGCCAUCUCUAUACUCUUGAGUCUGAUUCAUCAAUGCGUUAUGAUGGAGGCCCGGUGUGGAGAGCAAGUCAACGCAAUGUAUCGCAGAUGGCAUAGUGUGCUUUCUACGUCAUAUGGCCGCCUUGGAGAUCUCUUCGGCAUGAUAAUGUCCACAUCUGAUCCCGAUAAAAAUGAAUCGACUUGGUCUUGCAUCAUCGAUGGUCUGGACCAUUGCGAGGCUCCGGAGCGAGAAAAGCUUCUGCACGUUUUUGCAAAAGGAUUCGAAGUGGAUAACUCUGCGUGGAACCUCCGACUUCUGAUAUUCAGUCGGCCUUGCGAAGAGAUCAAGACAAAAAUUCAAACCUGGGAAAAUACAAGGAUUCAGACGUUUACUGACGAAGCGGGAAGCAUAUCAAAUCAAUCUGACAUUGCCAAAUACAUUGAUGAUAAGGUUUCAAUGUUUCAGCAUUACACCCUCGAAGAACAGACAAAAACGAUUGAGAAUCUGAAGAGCACAGUGAAGGGGAGUUUCGAAUACUGUGUUCGCAUUAUUGAGGCCUUGAAGCACAGCUCACCGGACUAUGCCUACAAGCUCUCAGACAUCCCUCUGCCAAGCAUGGACGAGAUGCUAGAGGAUGUUCUUGACCGUACAAAUCCAAAACAGAUUGCACUGCUCCAGAUGUUAGCUAUUUUGGAGAGAGCGCCUUCAGUUGAAGCCUUCAAUGCUAUCAGCCAGAUUCGUGAUGGCCCUUUCUCCGAAUUCUUCGACUUUGGUGGAAAAGCUGAUACCAUAGACCAUAUCUUGUUGUGCGAAGCAGCACUCCGAGUCUCGAAUGGUAAUAUGCAUUUCGCACACCCAACAAUGAAGGAAUACAUUCGCAAGCAGAUGACCGAGUCCGAAGUUCAACAAAUUCAUGGCAAGGUCGCCCAGACUUGUCUCCUUUACUUGGCCACUGUUGGACUGGAAACACAUUCAAUAGCGGGGUCCUUGCUAGGGGAGUGUGCAGACGAGUACAUGGCGCUCUUGAAAGCAUCGCCGUUUCUAGAUUAUGCGGCUAACUUCUGGCACUAUCACUUUGAAAAUGCUGGGCAGGACCCAAUGGGGCUAUGGCAUUCAAUUCAUCAAGCUUUCAGUAUCCAAACUGUUAGGGACCUUGCUUUCCGAGUAUAUCGAUUCCAAGAACAGGACGACUAUAUUGGUGGGCAAUCGCUCCUGCACAUUCUCGUUCAUUACAGCUUAGUCUCACUCACAAAGAGGGUUCUAUCUGCUAAAGAGAUCUUUGAGAUUACUCUGGAUGACCGGGACAACAGAGGCAGAACAGCACUUUGGUGGGCUGUGGAUGCCAAAAAUGAGUCGUUCGUGAGACUGCUUCUGGAAACUGAAGGCGUGAGCCACGACGAUCGAGAUGAGGACAACAUCUCCCCAGCCGUGCUUGCCAUAACAUUAGGCCACACCGAGAUUCUACGUCUUUUUCUCGAGUCUGGCAGAAUUGAUUGGGCACAGAAAGAUAAGACCGGCAGAACUUUUCUGGUAUGGGCAGCAAAAACUGGGAACCCUCAUGUGGUUGCAGAGCUGCUUGGUAUUGAUGCCUGCGUCAAUACCAUGGAAGAAAAAUGCCCUGACCAGACUGCCCUGGUGCUAGCAGCGCGUCAUGGUUUCAAGGAUGUGGUCAAACUACUACUUGAGAAGAAUGCAGACCCGAACUCUCUAGAUACAGAGUCAGGACGAAGUGCAUUAUCCUGGGCUGCGGGCAGUGGCCAUGAGGGUGUUGUGGCAGUAUUACUUGAAAAUCAGGUCGUGGAGCUUAGUCAACGUGACGCCAAAUAUGGGAACACCGCAUUCCACUGGGCCGCAGAUCGUCAACGCAGGGAGAUAGCCCGUAUGAUUCUUGACACAACUUUGAAUCGUGAUCAGAGUCUUGCUUACGAUAAGGCACGAAGCCUCUUGUUUGAGGCAUCCAAAAAGGGGCAAGCCGUUGUCCUUGAUAUCCUGCUGGAGAAUGAGAGCCUUCAGAUCGAUCCCGAUUGCAUGUUAGAAGGUAGAACUCCUUUAUCUUUUGCAGCAGAGCAUGGCCACCACCAAGUCGUCAGUCGGUUGAUAAGUUCCGGGAAGGUCGACCUCAAUUCAUCAGAUUCCGGAGGCAUGACUCCUCUCAUCCAUGCAUCUCGAGGAGAUGCCAGCAAGGUUGUAAAGGCAUUGCUGAAAGAGGAUGUCAAUCUUCAGGCUAAAGAUUUCUCGGGCCUAACAGCGAAAGACUGGGCUGAAAUCCUCUCACGGGCAAAAAUACUCAAAUUGAUCAAGGACGCGGAAAAGCUGCAACGCAAUUCCACGAACGCGACAACUUAG